ACCGUUCGGUGGGUGUCACCCUCGAAGCCACCGCCGUCGCUACCGCCACAGCCACCGUUACCCCUACCGCCGCCGGCGCCCUACACUACUGUCGUCACGAGGUCCGUACUGAGUCGCCGGCCGCACCGUAACCGUUCAGUCAGUCAGUCUUACGACCGCUACUGUUCGUACACAUCGACGUCCUGUUCACUCGUGUAUUAUUUUAGCUGUUGAAGUACAAAAAAAUAUUCCAAGUGUCGUUUUUAAUUUUUUUUACGCCGUACAAUUUGUAUUUUUCUUACGCGUCUCGAGUUGGCCGUGCGAAUUUGUGCUUAAUAUUAAAUUAUACUUUUGCCGUUCGAUUACUCUGCGGUCCGCGUUACCUUACACGCCGCCGUACAUGUGCAUGUUGGCCGCGUCUUUUAGCCGGUAAACCACCGUUGAAUGUGCCGCCGCUGCAGCUUUACUUACAGUUUGUGCGGACACACAUGCUAGAACCCACGGCAGCAGCCAAUAUGACUGUGUUAGCACUUAACCAUCUGUUGCCGCCUGCAUCGACCAACGGGCAACGGACGACCGCCGAAGACGGCAACAAACCUAUCCGUAUGAACAACAACAACAACGACGAGACGGUCAGCAACCCGACGUCGGCCGCGGCCCGUCCGUCCGGUCACAUCAAGUUCAGCGUGGCCGCACUUCUGGCCGACACCAGGCCCGCCCGGUCGCCGACGCCCGGUUCCGCGUACGACGACGACAUGAUGGACACGCCUGACGACGAGGACCGUGACAGCGUGGACGUAGAGACCACCGGCGACGGUGGACGCUGUUCGACGACGCCCGAGCGCGGCCGCUCGCCGCUGUCCGUCAACCCGUUCCACCAUCAGUCGUCUGCCGGCGCUAUGGCCGCCCGAGCUUUCAUGAUGUCCGGCGCCGGAGGACACCAUCACCAUCAUCCCGUAGCGCCCGUGAGGCCCACGCCAUUCACCGCGUUCGCCGCGGCCGCAGCAGCCGCAUAUUCGGCAGCCGGCAUGCAACACCCCGGUGCCCCCGGCUCGUGGCAUCCUCACUACCCCGGUGGCUUUCCCGGCUUCGGUUCCGCCGGUCUCAACUCCGGUUCACCCGAUUCCAAUAACGGCGAACCGCCCAAACUCAAAUGCAACCUGAGAAAACACAAACCGAACAGAAAGCCCAGGACGCCGUUCACCACCCAACAACUGUUGAACUUGGAGAAGAAAUUCCGGGAAAAACAAUACCUAAGCAUCGCCGAACGAGCCGAAUUCUCAAACUCAUUGCACCUGACCGAAACACAGGUGAAAAUAUGGUUUCAAAACCGAAGAGCAAAAGCCAAGAGGUUGCAAGAAGCCGAAAUCGAAAAGCUUAAGAUGGCAGCAGUCGCAGCCGCCAGACCGCAUCACCCGCUCUACGGCAACCCCCAUCUGCCGCACUACUUCCAGCACCCGUCCGAGCUGUUCGGCCACCCGCACCAACUGCAGUCCCUGUUAUCGCACCGACCUACCAUGGCCCAUUUGAUAGCCCAAGGCCUGCAAUCGUCCGCGGCCGCCGCGGCGGCAGCCAGCCAACACCAGGGCCCGCCACAAGCCUCCCUGUCACCCGGACGGCGUUCCGCGACACCCGGAUCACCUUCCCCGUCCGUUACCGGUGGGGGCGGAGGAGCGGGUUCUACCGCUAGCGUUUAACCGCGCAGUUACAUAUAUAACAAAUGAUUAUAUGAUAAGACUUAUAAGUUGUCCUAUAUACUUAAACCGGAUGAUAUUACGUUGAAGCUAUUAUUAUCGUUUACUCUUCUUCUUAAAUUAUUAUUAUAAUUAUUAUUUUGUAAAGAAAAAAACUAGUCACCAAAUCCGCGUGGACUUUAUGCUACAAUUAUUAUGUUCCAACAACAUAAAAAAAGCGCAUUUUGUUUAUCCAACAAUAACUUAUAAUCGAAUUUAUAGCGGCCGGUUGGGAAACACGUUUAGUUCAUAAAAUCCGCCGCUAUAUUUUCGACGAGAGUUCCUUAAAGAUUCUUGUUUGUUUUUUUAAAUAUUGAUAAACAACUUUUAAUAAUAUCUUAUUUUUAAAUUGUUUUAUGCGUAUAAAUAUUGAUAAUUGUGAUAACGAUUUCGUUAAUUUUAGUUGGAUGGAUACAUUUUAUUUGUAACGAGCGUUCUUUAAAGGCGGAAAAUGUAUAAUCACGCUCGCGGUCAUAUUAUUAUUAUAUUUAUUUAUUUUUGUAAAUAACGCUGUUUGUAAACUAUAUAAAUAUAUACAUAUAUAUAUAUAUAUAAAUUAUAAAUAUUACUAUAACUAUUAGAGUAUAAUUUCCAAACAAAUAUAGGGUAAAUCUGUGUAUAUCGUGCCAAUCCUAUUGUACCCUAUGUUUAAUUUUUAAUGUAAAUAUUACGAAA